AUGACGGUUCGUGACUAUAUCAACACUGAUGAUUCCUGCAUCAUCUGCUACUUUUCCUUCUGGACUGUUCAGCAGAGUGAGGUGUCGGUGUCGCCUUGUCCUGCUCAUCACCCUGCCAGCCUAUUAGUGCCACUGGAUCUUGUGAUGAAACCUUCCUUCUUUCUCUGCUCUUCCCUUCCCCCACUGUCUGUGUUCUCUCACAAGACUUUCAGAAUCAAGCAGUUUCUGGCCAAGAAACAAAAACAAAAUCAUCCCAUUCCCCAGUGGAUUCGAAUGAAAACUGGUAAUAAAAUCAGGUACAACUCAAAGAGGAGACACUGGAGUAGAACCAAGCUGGGUCUAUAAGGAAUUGCAC